AGGGCGGGGCGGGGCCUCCCUGCGGGCCUGCGCGCUCCUGGGGCCGCGCCUGCGCAGUGCGCCCGAGCCGGAGGGGUCAGGGUCACCCUGAGCUGAGACGGCGCCGCUAUGUUGGAACGGUUCGUGGGCCCGCGCUACCGCCAGCUGGCCAGAAACUGGUUACCCACAGUGGGCAUGUGGGGCACCGUGGGAGCCCUGGGGCUGGUGUGGGCCACUGACUGGCGGCUGAUUCUGGACUGGGUGCCCUACAUCAACGGCAAGUUCAAGAAGGACGAUUAAUUAAACCCAUCCCCCUCGGACCCCUCCGGUGUCUGGUGGUGCUGCCCCCUUCCAUCUGCAUCUGGAACGGCCCAGGCUCUUGGGAUUGACCUCGAGGAAACACACGGCGCGAGUUAGGUUUCCUACGUUGGUGGAAAUAACUUUGGUGUGUGGACACACAUGGCAUUAAACCUCACUCUGAAACCUGCUGGCCUGCACGUGCUCAUGCUGGGGCUUGGUUAUGUUGACUGCAGGCCCAGGGGCCCAGAUGACCCGGGGAGCCUUUCAACUCCAAAACUGCAAAUCUGCAGUUUCCCAGCGGCUGGCAGACAUGGUUUGAUUACUUCAGAUGUUUAGUGGAUAAUACCUGCACGGGGUUUUUAUCGAUUGCUGCCUUAAAAAGUUACCCUUGA